UCACAAGGGUUCUGACGAUGGAGCCGUUUCAUUUCGAUCACUGGAUGGUGGCGAUGGUGCGAUGGGAGCCGUCGGUGGAUCCGGAGUAUCCAUCAACAAUCACUUUCUGGGUUCGUGUUCUUGGCAUCCCCCUGCAGUUCUGGGCAGAGCCGACCUUUCGGAGUAUAGGCGAGGAGCUUGGGGGAGUAGAGGAGAUAGACAUUCAUGGUGGUCGGGUGAAGGUGAUCCUAGAUGGGUUAAAACCCCUGUGCUUUGAAACGGAGCUCGACUUUGGUAAUGGGGUGGAGAUUCCGGUGAAGCUGUGGUACGAGAGGCUGUUUGGGUUUUGCAAGUUAUGUCAUAGCCUUUGUCAUGACGAAGAUGAGUGCGAGAAGCUGAUUGUCAGGAGGGUGCAACCUUCUGGAGGUGAUCGUCAUAAUCCUUCCCAGGAUGACAGGGAGAGGAGACAUCAUAGCUACAAAGGCGCAGUCGAAUCGGAGGCGAGAAAAGGCUCGGAGCAGGAUAGUAAGAAGCGCAGUUUGGAUAAGGGGAAAGGAGUGGAGAAGGAGCAGCGAGGAGAGGGACACAGGUCACGAUCAGGACAUUACCACGGGGAGCCAUCGUACCGGUCUAGGCGUUAUUCCAGCUACUCCCAGCUCAACGAUCACAGACGCGUCACGUAUGAUGAGGAAACCGGUGAAGCGACUAUUGUGGAGCCCCCAGAAGCAAAGGUGGCUGGAAUUAGCAAAAAACUGGAAAUGGAAACUCGGGCCUCUGUCGAAGAAAGUGAAAUGGAAAUGGGAAUGGUGGCUGCGGAAAGGGAGAGUAUAGACCCUGGAUUGCUAGUGGAUGCAGAGUUUCAGCAGGCGGCUCUGGAGGCAGGAGAAGAGGUGACCGAGGAGGAGUUGGAGCUGAUGGAUGACCUGGAGGAGGAAACAGUGGAGAAGGAGGAUACGGCUGGAGAUCGAAGCCGCCGGGUUCGUGGGUCAGUGCUGGCUGGUGCAGGUUCCAAAAAGAGGAUUGCUCAGAUGCUGUCCACACCUAGGAAAAGGCAGGCGGCAAAGAAUGGUGAAGGAGGAAACCCGAAGCCCAGGGAGAUGGAGAAGGGAGGUCCAGCUGGGUCUAAGCCACCAAAACCAAAGAUUACCAAAUGAAGAUAAUAAGUUGGAAUUGUCAGGGACUUGGGAAUAAGGCAACAAUUGGGUAUCUUCGGGACAUUUGGAAGAAACAUAGGCCAUAAUUUUUAUUUUUAUCGGAAA